GGGGGGAAGCGCGUCAUUUCUGCUGCGUUUUCAACGUAAGCAAGACGCGCUGAGGAAUCGAUUCGUGCCGUGCUUGUAUCGCUCUCUUCGAUUCUGGAUCGCCCGUGGAUGCUGCCCCGUCAUGGCUUCUUCGUCCGCGCUCUUCGUCUGCCUCGGUAACAUCUGUCGCUCACCUAUUGCGGAAGCCGUGUUCCGCAAGAUGGUAACAGAGCAAGGGAUUGCCGACCAGUGGAGGAUAGACAGUGCCGCAACAAGUGACUGGAACAUUGGAAGCUCCCCUGACUCUCGAGCCCUUGCCUGCUUGAGUAAGCACGAUGUAAAUGUCAACCACCACGCCCGACAGAUAACCAAGGAUGACUUCAAAACAUUUGAUUACAUAUUUUGUAUGGACGAAAGCAAUCUCAGAGAUCUGCAGCGAGCUGCUAAGAACGUGAGCAACUGCAAGGCCAGCAUAGAUUUGUUGGGGAAGUUUGACCCUCAGAAGCAACUCAUCAUCAAGGACCCCUACUAUGGUGGAGAUGAAGGGUUUGAGGAAGUGUACCAGCAAUGUUUACGCUGCUGCAAGGCCUUUCUCAGCUCCGUGGCUUAGAGUUGCACCAGCAGCAACACCACACGCACACACACGCACACACACACAUUUCCUUGCUCUACGUAAUUUAACGGAAACAACAAAUAUGUAAAUCUGUGCUUUCAAAUGAUUUGAUUUACAUAUUUAAUUAUGUUGCAAAGUUUUACCGAGUCCAUGGAUAUGCAUUGUUUUCUGGUGAAACUUUUUUGGUUAAAUUGGUUAAGCUGUGUCCAUAAUAGAAAGUUAAGUGAGCUUGGGCAGUCCACAUCACGAGAAGGGACGAUGGCCAAACCUCCAGAACAAUGGAAGCCAAUGUAAGAGAACACACCCGAUUUUAUUACAUGUAACAUUUGCAUUUAAAACAAUCCAUAACUACAUGUGCAAGCUUCUCAGUGUGGGGCAGAAUAGGGAUGCUAUUUUAGUUUUUUUUAACAGCAUAUACCUUGCGGAUAACCCAAUGUAAACACCUUCAUAUGCUCCCCUGC